AUGCGCUCCUCCAUCGUCAACACCCUCAUGUUCUUGGCUGUCUCGCCCCUAUGUGUCCUCGCGCGCCCCGUGGACCCCAACGAUGUGGCCGGACAGUGGGACCCGAGUGGACAAUACCGAAAGGGCCAAUGGCAGAAUGGCGUGUUCGUUGCCAACAACGGAGAUAACCGCUACAACCAGAACGGCCAAGUUGAGCAGAGUGGCCAGUGGCGCGACAACAACAACAACAAUCAGAAUGGCCAAUACAAUCAGAACGGUCAACAAAACAACCAAAAUGGCUGGACUGAUUCCAACGGUCAGUGGCAUGCGAACAACCAGAACGUUCAGAAUGGCCAGAAUAGCCAAAAUGGACAGGACGGUUGGACCGACGCGAACGGCCAGUGGCACGCCAAUGAUGGUGCUGUGCAGCCUCGCGAUGGAGAAAAUGACAACCAGAAGAACCACAAUGGCUGGACUGAUAUCAACGGACAAUGGCACGCUGGUAACCGAAAUGAUCAGAAUGGUUGGACUGAUGCCAAUGGCCAAUGGCACCCGAACAACCAGAACAACCAGAACAACCAGAACGGCUGGACUGACGAGAAGGGUCAAUGGCACGCCAACAACCAAAAUGGUCAGAACAACCAGAAUGGCUGGACCGAUGCCAACGGUCAGUGGCACGCAAACCAGAAGCGCCAGGCAACUCCCACCACCAACCAGAAUGACCGUCUGAACGAGGUUGCCCAUGAUAAUAACAACGCUCAGGUUACUCCCAGCUCCCAAAACAGCAAGUACCAGAGCUACGGUAACUACAAGAACUACGGUUCUUACCAGAACUACCCCGCCAACGGACAGAACCAGGCUCAGAACAAGGAUACCAAGGCUGUCAAUGGUCAGCAGGAGUAA